UGCCCCUGCCCCUCCCCAUCUCCGUUUCCUUUCCCAGACCUAGCCUAGCCAGUCCCAGCGUUGGUCUAUUAAUCCUAGAGUUCCUGAAGGCGUUCCCAUCCAACGGGAACCGAGAAAUCCAGUAAUCUACUCGGUCCCUCAACCAGGAGGCCCUCAAAGCGGGAAAAAAAAAACCACCCCCCAAUUCAUAACUUACCUCCUCAGAGACGAGCUCCAUCCAGGCUCAUCCAGAAGCUAGGAAGGGGGCAUCCUCCGGGGGGCGCACUCUGGGAAACGUGCAUCUGCCGGCUUAGCUCCUAACUUGGUACCCAGCUUACUCCAGACCGUUCAUUCCCAGCCUCCUCUGACUCUCCCCUCUCCCUUGGGCCCCUCGGGAGCCAAUCACUCCCGACUUUGUUCCCUGCCUGGGAGCGCCUCUCUUCUGAAGUCGCUUCUCCAGCCUCGACUAGACUCGGGGGCAUCGCACAAAAUGGGCACAGGUUCUCAUCCAAAACCCAGCGGGGAAGUGACCGAGGCAAACAGAGUUGUUCUGAAGGUUGCAAGUAGGACCGUGGGUUUAAGAAGGAAUGACAAGCCCAGUUGCUCUUAGCUCCUCUUAAAGGAUAUUUUUAAAGAAAAUAAUGGGGGAAAAGGGAAAGAUGACAGAAGAAACAGCAUCCAAUCAUCGAAGGAAGAAUUUAGGUUAAUACAUACAAAGAACAAUUUCACAACAGUGAAAAGUUGUUAAACAUGGAAAUAGGUCAAGUGGCCAAGACCAGCUUCUUAUUAUGAAAAACUUCAUGAAUUAAGGAUAUAGAGAUCAUGGGGAUCCUACAGUGGAAGGAACCUUCAGAAGGUCUGCUUCAAUCCUUCUCUUUUACCAGUGUUGAUUGACAGUCAGGAAGGAGAAAACCCUCAGAUGAGGAACCUCCCUCUUGCCAACAUAGAUCCUCUCCAUGGACUAAAGACAAAAUGGCCCUGGUCCCCUACGACGCGGAAGGAUUAGGGAUACAGAAGUUCUAUAAACCUCUGACCACCUAUAAGUUUGUGAAUCACACCAUCCAGAUCAAGCAGGACUGGAAGCAGCUGGGGGUGGCAGCCGUCGUAUGGGAUGCGGCUAUUGUUCUCUGUACUUACCUGGAGAUGGGAGCUUUGAAUCUUCAAGGCUGCUCUGCAGUUGAGCUAGGAGCUGGGACAGGAUUAGUGGGUAUUGUGGCUGCUUUGUUGGGUGCUCAUGUGACCAUCACAGAUCGGAAAAUAGCGUUAGAUUUUCUCAAGUCCAACGUUCAAGCCAAUUUGCCUCAAGAUAUACAACCAAAAGCUGUGGUCAAGGAGUUGACUUGGGGGCAAAAUUUGGGGAACUUCUCAUCUGGCAAGUUCGACCUGAUCCUGGGGGCUGACAUCAUAUACUUGGAAGAGACUUUUGCAGACCUCCUUCAAACCCUGGAACAUCUCUGCAGCGACCAUUCUGUAAUCCUUCUGUCCUGCCGCAUCCGCUAUGAACGGGAUCAGAACUUCUUAAAGAUGUUGGGAAACCAUUUCACUGUUCAUGAGGUUCACUAUGAUCUUGAGAAAGAUGUACACGUAUAUAAAGCUCACAGGAGAAACCACAAGGAAGACUUAUAAAAUAUAAUCAGAAGUACUUGCUUAUAGACAUCCUGUAAAAUUUAUUGUGUCAUAUUUCAUUAGGUGAACACCAGAUGAUGAAUCUGAUAUUGUGGUAUCGUAUGUACUCUCUGUUAUCACUGUUGAGCCAAAUAUCUUAUCCGACAAUAUCUUCUCAGGCACAUGAAAGGCAAAGAAUGGAGCAGUGAUCUUGUGAUGAAAUGCUCCUGUGGAUAGAUGCUCGGCCUCAUCUGGAUCUUGGUUAGGGAGAGGUCUUGGACCUAGGAGUUGAAUGAUGAAUUAUAAUUUAGUGAACAUAUGAUUGAUGACUUCAGUGCUUAUGACUUCCAGGGAAGGAAAUUUCCUCUGCCAAUAUAGUUCAGCACCUUCCCUGAAACUUACUGUGUUAAAAGAGUGCCUUAGGAAACUGAGAAAGGAAGUGAUUGGACCAAUGAGUCACAGCUCCACUUGGCUUUUGGGACAGCUCCCUCCAAGCUGCCUCUCCUGUGGAAGUGGAAAAACUGAAUUAUACAAAUGACUUAGAAUUCUUUGACAAAGUUUCGUGUUUAAUAGAGUUUUCAGAAUGUGAAAAGAAAUUUGUAUAUUCCUUCUUGUCUUUGUUGUCUCUCUGUGAUUUCUACUUUUGUCUGGUGGCUGCAAUUUGUAAUUGGGACAUAUACUUUUAUGGCUCCUAAUUUCUAAAUUCAUUUGCAUAAAAAUACAAUAAAAUGAUUAAAAUUAAAUAUUUUAAGUAUUUUG